GAUACAAGCAUGCACAUCGCAGACCCUUAAUCAAAUUUUGCGGUCCGACGAUACGCGGUCUUACAGAAGUCGAUCUCUAGUCGGCCUGCCGAGUCGGCGAGCGGAUAUUAUUCAUGCGCGAGCGAUCAAUGGGUACUACAGUCCUUGGGACAACGGCGUUGCGAACCCAGUCGGCAGCCUCGUCAUGCUCUCCAACCUGCUGUUCGCUGGCCUUUUGAUCAAUCGCGACAAGGUUCCGCAAGCUGUCGGUUGGCCGCAGACAAUCUCAUUCUUUCAUGCCGCAUUCGACUCGCUGCUCCUCAACGAGCUUCAAUCAUUGCAGCUCAAGGACCAUCGAUAUGGUGUCGAUAUUGAGGUUCCGUCGGCGACAAUCCUCAGUAUAUUUGGCUUCAGAGCGAGUCAAAUUCAUGCCGAUGCUGGUAUCUUACUCGCUUCUUCGUCGCCUUCAUCGCAGCAUCCCUGCUUGCGUAACAGCUGUUAGUCAAGGAGAAGCGGUGAUGCACUCCCGUGUAGGCAUGCAUGACGACGCGUCAUUCAUUGGUUCAUGUCUCAGUACAUAGCACAUUCAGCAGAUUAGGUGAGGCUCAUCGUCGCUUCAACGGCAUCUGUUCUGUGGAUAUCGCUCAG